GUGGUUGGGGCCGGCGGCGGCGGCGGCGGGGUCAGUUCUCUUUAGUGUUUGCCGAUGUUGGAGGCGUCUCCAAAGUGUCCCCGGGAACCAGUGAUAAGCAAUGGCACAAGUUAAAAUGCAGACCCCAGCAAAUCUUCCUGGACCUCCCCUGUCCCCUAUGGUGCUACCCCCAUCAGUAACGACUACAAAUUCACUGGGUCUUCAGUCAUCAAUGAAUGGAUCCAUUUCAGAAUCAGCUGCUGGCUGUAACAGUCCUACAGUUGGCCUUGUAGAUUCUGCGCCUUCUAGCAACUCACCAGCUCCUCUCCAAGAUAACAUGGCAAACCCCAAAGAGAAAACUCCAAUGUGUCUGGUAAAUGAGUUAGCCCGUUUCAAUAGAAUUCAACCUCUGUAUAAGCUUCUGAAUGAAAGAGGGCCUGCUCAUGCCAAGAUGUUCACAGUACAGCUGACUCUUGGCGAGCAGACAUGGGAAGCUGAAGGAAGCAGUAUUAAAAAGGCUCAACAUGCUGCUGCUAGCAAAGCUUUGAAUGAAACAACCCUUCCCAAACCAACUCCUAGACCACCCAAAAAUAAUGUUAACAAUAACCCAGGCAGUAUAACUCCAACUGUGGAGCUAAACGGUUUGGCUAUGAAAAGGGGAGAGCCUGCCAUCUAUAGGCCACUAGAUCCAAAGCCACUCCCAAACUAUAGAGCAAAUUAUAACUUCCGGGGCAUGUACAAUCAGAGGUAUCACUGCCCAGUGCCUAAAAUUUUCUAUGUCCAGUUGACUGUUGGCAACAGUGAGUUUUUUGGUGAAGGAAAGACUCGUCAAGCUGCUAGACACAAUGCUGCAAUGAAGGCCCUUCAAGCUCUCCAGAAUGAACCUAUCCCAGAAAAAUUACCUCAGAAUGGAGAGGGAGGAAAAGAAACAGAAGAAGAUAAAGACGCAAACAAAUCCGAGAUCAGUGUAGUGUUUGAAAUUGCUUUGAAGCGCAACAUACCGGUCAGUUUUGAGGUGAUUAAGGAAAGUGGACCUCCACAUAUGAAGAGCUUUGUUACUCGAGUCACAGUAGGAGAAUUCUCUGCAGAAGGAGAAGGAAACAGUAAGAAACUCUCAAAAAAACGGGCUGCAAUGACUGUCCUACAAGAACUUAAAAAACUCCCUCCUCUUCCUGUGAUUGAAAAGCCAAAACUUUACUUUAAAAAACGUCCUAAAACAAUAUUAAAGACUGGACCAGAAUAUGGUCAAGGAAUGAACCCCAUUAGCCGCCUGGCUCAGAUCCAACAGGCCAAAAAAGAGAAGGAGCCAGAGUAUAUUCUUCUUUCAGAGAGAGGGAUGCCUCGUCGCCGAGAGUUUGUUAUGCAGGUCAAAGUAGGCAAUGAAGUUACUACUGGAACAGGCCCCAACAAGAAAAUAGCUAAAAGAAAUGCAGCAGAAGCAAUGUUGCUACAGCUUGGUUAUAAAGCCUCCACCCCUCUUCAAGAUCAGCCAGAAAAGCCAGGGGAAAAUAAGGGCUGGAACGGUCAAACUGCUGGGUAUCCUGAACCAACAAGUAACACACCAAAGGGAAUUCUCCAUCUCUCGCCUGAUGUUUAUCAAGAGAUGGAAGCAAGCCGCAACAAAGCAGCCCCUGGUACCACUGUAAGCUAUUUGCCAUCCAAAGAAAUGAGCCAGACUUCUAGCUCUUUCUUCAGCAUACCUACCACUAAUAGCACAGCUACAAUUGCCAGGGAACUUCUCAUGAAUGGAACAUCCCCGACUGCCGAAGCCGUAGGUCUAAAAGGAAUAUCUCCUGCUUCCCCCUGUCCUGCAGUGCAGCCUUCAAAACAGCUGGAGUAUUUGGCAAGGAUUCAAGGCUUUCAGGUAUGGGAGGGGGAAAAUGAAGCUCUUCAGCCAGAAUCAUAGCAUUGCCAUCUAAGAUUUCGCUCUUGCCCUCAGAGUUUGGGCAUGCAUGUAACUUAUCUUGUAAAAGUAGCAGGGUCCAAGAAAAUUUUUGGGUCCAGAUGAUACCCCUAUAUGCCCAUAUACAUUCCCAUUCUCUCUUCAUUUUUCUUUCCUGAAUUCACUUUAUCUUAGCCCAUCUUCCUCCCUUCCCUCUCCCUUAUUUGCUCUUCCUUAAAAAUUAUAAACUUAAAAGAUUCUUUCCACUGUCCUGGUACUGCUUUGUAUGUCCCUGCCUUUCAAGGAUUAGGAGUGUUCCAUACUGCUCUGAUUUUGGCUCCUCUUUUAAAACCUGAUCAAACAAAGGUACUUUAAAAUGUGCUUAAGUUGUAGCAUGUUUUUUCUGUCCUUUUCUGAUCAGGUGUUUGCUUUACUCCCUAUAAUUAAUAUUCUGCUUCCAUUUUCCAUAUGUCUGGAGAAUGGAGUUAUUGAUCAGAAGUCAUAACAACAGGCCUGGUGUCAGAGCAGAGUGGUCUCGAUGCCACAUUCACUACUGGUGAAAGAAAAAUGUUACAGGAGUUACCAUACUAGGUUAGUUCAUUAAUCCAUCAUCUCUGAUAACUUUCAGCAGUGGCCAAUACAGUAUUUUAUAUUUCAGAGAACAGUGAAGAGCCUCCAUAAUGCACCUAGCCAUUUGUGCAGUACUGUAAAUGGUGGAAGGAAGCUCCCUCCUAAUCACCAUGAGAAAAUCGCAUACAUACAUGCAUAAUAGAUGAUUUUUAAUAUGUUCCAACAUUGGAGAGUAGGACUGACUGUUUACUAAAAUUCUAUCGUUGUACUGUUUUGUUUCAAUGACUCAGACUUAUGAAUUUAUUUUAUCCAAUACCUUGGUUUCAUAUAUUCCAGCUUAUGUAGUUUGAUCAUGUAUUAUUUACCUAACUAAAUUAUGAAAACAAGAAGUUUUUAGUAAAACGUUUGCAUGCCCCAUGAUUAUUUGCUUCACCAAAGCCUAUGUAAUUUACUAAAUAUGCAGUUGCUUAAAGUGAUUUAAAUGUCAAUUAUUCUGUUGGCACAAAUCAGCAUAGCUCCUUUAACUGCACUGGGGCUAUGUCAGUUUACACCAGGUGUGCUUGCUGACUUAAAUGUGUGCUCAAAUUCUUAUCGGUUCUUAGUUUUGAAAUAUGCUACUUUUGGUCCAUUCGUUUUUUAUCUCUCAAUGCAAGAAAAAACAAAACUCUAAAAUCCACCACAGUAGAGUUAAGCUGCUAAUAAGAGUUAAAUAGUUUGUAUUUCUCUAAGUCUGUCAUCUGCAUACAGUAGGAACAGACAAAUCCUGAUGAAAAGAAAUUUAAUCCCCAAAGUUUUCAUUGCUUCUUUUCACUUCUUGUCAGGUUGCUUCUGUCUACUAGUAACAUUUUAUUUUCAUAGAGCCGACGCACAAUUUCUGUUACUGGUUUUUGGUUCCUAUUCGACGAUAGUAUGUGGUUACUGUAAAAUGAUUACUUGUGUUUGUCCUGGUUUUUCAUUCUCUGAUUCUAGCUGAUUAUGUAGAAAUUGUAGUUUUUAAAGGGUUUUACCUCAAGCCAAAAAUAUAUUUCCUGCUUUAUCCAUUAACUAAAUUACUACUUUUUACUUGUCCACGGUUCUACACAACAAUACACUAAUUUGGUUGAAAAUCUAUAUGAUUUUUACAUACCCUCUGUAUAUAAAGUGUUGAUUUUACAUCAAUUAGCUUGUUUGAUUUUUUUUUUUUUUAACUUUGGUUGAAUGAGUUUGGUAUUGAUGUGAAACUGUGCAUCACUGCUGGAUCACAGAGUUGAGGUGGAGCAGUGAACAGAAUCUCUGUGGGAAAUGGCUUAGUGGCCUGUCAGGUGCAUAUCACAGGUCUCUUCACCAUUUCAAUGUAGAAAGCUCUUUGUGUUUAAGAGUUUAAAAGCCUAUUUCUUUACAGGUUAACUUUCUCAGGCAUAUUUACCAAGUAGAAAAAACAGUACACUUAUAAACAGAUAGCUUGUUUCAUGUUUCCUGAAUGACCUGAAAUGAUUUUUAAAUUGUUAGCAUGUAUUUGUAUUCUGGUCCAGAUGAUUACCGUAGUUUUGUCUUUCAUUGAAGAACAUAAACAUUCUGUUGUGUUACAAUGUAUUUUUGAAUUUUUAAAAAAAAAUCAAUAAAUACUCAUAUAAAGUUUCA